AGGCGGCCGGGUCGCUAGCUUGGGCUGCUGAGAAGAGUGCGCAUUUCGGUAAGAUGUGGGGUAGCGACCGCCUGACUGGUGCCGGAGGAGCUGGAGCGUCUGUGACCGUGACCUUCACCAACGCACGCGACUGCUUUCUCCACUUGCCGCGGCUCCUCGUGACCCAGCUGCACCUGCUGCAGAAUCAAGCAAUAGAAAUUGCCUGGGGUCAUCAGCCUGCGUUCUUGAGCUGGGUAGAAGGCAGACAUUUUAAGGAUCAAGGGGAAAAUGUGGCUGAAAUUAACAGACAAGUUGGUCAAAAACUUGGACUCUCAAAUGGAGAACAGGUGUUUCUCAGGCCAUGUUCCCAUGUGGUUUCUUGCCAGCAAGUUGAGGUGGAACCCCUCUCAGCAGAUGAUUGGGAGAUACUGGAGCUGCAUGCUGCUUCUCUUGAACAUCAUCUUUUAGAUCAAAUCCGAAUAGUUUUUCCAAAAGCCAUUUUUCCUAUAUGGGUUGAUCACCAAACUUAUGUGUUUAUCCAGAUUGUUGCACUAGUACCAGCUGCUACAUUUGGAAGACUGGAAACUGACACCAAACUCCUAAUUCAGCCAAAGACUCGCCAAUUCAAAGAGAAUACAUAUUCAAAAGCAGAUAGUGCACGUGAACAACUUCAUAAAUACGGAGUCCAAAAGCAGUUGACAAAUGAAUUUCAAACCAAGCAACUUCAGUCAGCUUCAGGAGUCACUGAAACAAAUUCAGAGGUCACAACUGACUCAUCAACCAUAUCACGCUUAUGGAAUAUGAUAGAAGGCGUUUUUUCUUUUGGGUCUGACAAGAAACAAAAGACAUCCUGGGGUUUAACUGAAAUCAGUGCAUUCAAAAACAUACAAUCAGAAGUUGUACCUAUAGACAAUAUUUUCAGAGUAUGCAGAUUGCAGCCUCCCAGUGUACAUAAUGCCUCUGUCUUUAACAAACACCAUGCCAUUCAUGUAUUUCCAUGGGACCAGGAGUAUUUCGAUAUGGAGCCUGGGUUUACUGUGACAUAUGGAAAGCUAGUUAAGCUGUAUUCUCCAAAGCAGCAGCACAGUAAAGCAAAGCGAAAUGCCAUGCCACCUGAAAAAGAGAAACAGAUAUCAGAACCACUGGAUCAGAAACAGAUUAGCCCAGACCAUCAUCAAGAAGCUGGUAAGGCCUGUGUGGUAAAGAUAGUCUGGAAUGGACUUGAGGAAUUGAAGAAUGCCCUAAAAUACAUCAAAAAUGUAGAAGCGCUCCAUCUUGGGAAAGUCUGGAUUCCAGAUGACCUGAGGAAGAGACUAAAGAUAGAAAUGCAUUCAGUAGUCAGAAUAACUCCAGUGGAAGUUAUCCCUAAAAUUCCAAGAUCUCUAAAAUUGCAACCUAGAGAAAACUUACCUAAAGACAUAAGUGAAGAAGAUAUAAAAACGGUGUUCUAUUCAUGGUUACAGCAGUCUACCACUGUCACACUUCCUCUGAUAAUAUCAGAGGAAGAAUCGAUUAAGCUUAGAAUUAAAAAUGCGUUGAAAGAGUUUUCUCUGAAUAUAGCCCAUUCUUUGGAAGAAGGAAAAGAAAAAAAUAUUUAUCUGUUGAGUACCAAUCUGCUACAGAAGACCACAAUACAAGUCCUUCUAGAUCCUAUGGUAAAAGAAGAAAACAGUGAGGAAAUUGACUUUACUCUUCCUUUUUUAAAGCUGAACUGCUUGGGAGGAGUGAGUAUCUUAGGCACUUCCUCCAUGGAGCAUAUCACUCAUAGCCUCUUGGGACGGCCUUUGUCUCGGCAGCUGAUGGCCCUUGUGGCAGGACUGAGGAAUGGGGCCCUUUUGCUCACAGGAGAAAAAGGAUGUGGAAAAUCAACUUUAGCCAAGGCAAUCUGUAAAGAAGCAUUUGACAUAUUCGAUGCCUAUGUGGAGAUAGUAGACUGUAAGGUCUUACGAGGAAAAAGGCUUGAAAACAUACAGAAAGCCCUAGAGGCAGCUUUCUCAGAGGCAGCAUGGAGGCAGCCGUCUGUCGUUAUGUUGGAUGACCUGGAUCUCCUUGCUGGCCUGCCUGCUCUCCCGGAACAAGAGCGUGGUCCUGAUGCUGUGCAGAGCCAAAGGCUGGCAUGUGCUUUGAAUGAUGUACUGAAAGAAUUUAUUUCCAUGGGAAGCUUGGUUGCACUGAUUGCUACAAGCCAAUCUCAACAUUCUCUACAUCCUCUACUUGUUUCAGCUCAAGGAGUUCACAUAUUUCAGUGUAUCCAACAUAUUCAGCCACCUGAUCAGGAGCAAAGAAGUGAAAUUCUGUAUAAUGUAAUAAAAAACAAACUGGGCUGUGAUAUAAACCAGUUUACUGAUCUUGACCUGCAACGUAUAGCUAAAGAAACAGAAGGGUUUGUGGCUAGAGAUUUUACAGUCCUUGUGGAUCGAGCCAUACAUUCUCACCUUUCUCAUCAGAAUAUAUCUACCAGGGAAGAAUUAGUUUUAACAACAUUAGACUUCCAAAAGGCUCUCCAAGGAUUUAUUCCUGCAUCUCUACGAAACGUUAACCUGCAUAAGCCUAGGGACCUGAGCUGGGAUAAGAUUGGUGGAUUACAUGAAGUUCGGCAGAUACUCGUGGAUACUAUCCAGUUACCAGCUAAGUACCCAGAAUUAUUUGCAAAUUUGCCCAUACGACAGAGAACAGGUGUAUUGUUGUAUGGUCCUCCUGGAACAGGAAAAACCUUAUUAGCUGGAGUAAUUGCACGAGAGAGUGGAAUGAACUUUAUUAGUGUCAAGGGGCCAGAGUUACUCAGCAAAUAUAUUGGAGCAAGUGAACAAGCAGUUCGGGAUAUUUUUAUUAGAGCUCAGGCUGCAAAGCCUUGCAUUCUUUUCUUUGAUGAAUUUGAAUCGAUUGCUCCUCGAAGAGGCCACGAUAACACAGGAGUUACAGACCGAGUAGUUAACCAGCUGCUGACUCAGUUGGAUGGAGUCGAAGGCUUACAGGGUGUUUAUGUUUUGGCUGCUACUAGUCGCCCUGACCUCAUUGACCCUGCUUUGCUCAGGCCUGGUCGACUAGAUAAAUGUGUAUACUGUCCUCCUCCUGAUCAGGUGACACGCUUUGAAAUUUUAAAUGUUCUCAGUGACUCUUUACCUCUGGCUGACGAUGUUGACCUUCAAUAUGUGGCAUCGGUAACAGACUCCUUUACAGGAGCUGAUCUGAAAGCUUUGCUUUACAAUGCCCAGUUAGAGGCCUUACAUGGAAGGCUGCUGUCCUGUGGACCUCCAGAUGGAAGUUCCAGCUCUGAUAGUGACCUAAGUCUGUCCUCAAUGGUGUUUCUCAACCAUAGUAGUGGUUCUGAUGAUUCUGCUGGAGAUGGAGAAUGUGGCUUAGAACAGUCCCUUGUUUCUCUAGAAAUGUCCGAGAUACUUCCAGAUGAAUCAAAAUUCAAUAUGUACCGGCUUUACUUUGGAAGUUCUUAUGAAUCAGAACUUGGAAAUGGUGGAACUUCUUCUGAUUUGAGCUCACAGUGCCUGUCUACAGCAAACUCCAUGACUCAAGAUUUUCCUGUAGUUCCUGGGAAAGACCAAUUCUUUUCACAACCACCAUUGUUCAGGACAGCUUCACAAGACGGUUACCAUGAACUUACUCAAGAACAAAGAGAUCAACUGAGGGCAGACAUCAGUAUUAUUAAAGGCAGAUACCGAAGCCAAAGUGGAGAGGAUGACUCCUUUAAUCAACCAGGACCAACCAAAAACAGUCUGGCUAUUAGUCAGUCUCACUUAAUGACAGCACUCAGUCACACAAGGCCAUCCAUUAGUGAAGAUGACUGGAAGAAUUUUGCAGAGCUGUAUGAAAGCUUUCAGAAUCCAAAGAAGAGAAAAGCUCAGAGUGUGACAAUGCUUCGGCCUGGACAGAAAGUAACAUUAGCAUAAAAUUACUUCUGUUCUUUUUUUCGUGGAUUGUCUUCGGUGACUAUGGAUUUUCCUUUUAACCAAUUAAGUUAAAGUCAGAUUGGUAAACUUGUGGUUAUUAUAAUAAUCAAUUACAUAUUUAUAACAAAUUCUGUAUUUCCUAUAAUUAUGUAAAGUCUAUAAUGAAAUAUUGGCCAAAUGGUGUAAAUUAUU